AUGGAGUUGAGUCCCACUUAUCUGAGCCAAUCUCUCAUAUCGAGCAAGUUUCCUCGAUCGAAAGAACGCAGAAAGUCCACCUCUAUGAAAAUUAUCUCCCUAGUGACGCGGUCUCACAAAACCAACGAUCCAGAUCAUUCAGCAUUGCACGAAGGGGGAGCUCUAGAUCAAGAGAGUCUUCCCCGCUAUUUUGCCAAGUCAGGACCAGUGGAUGCCGAUCCCCGGAAGACAAAGAAAGAUGGUGGCGGAAAACGAAACUGGGGCCGCUCCGGCGAUGAAGUGCACGACUAUGGCUACAAGUUUACAAACACACGACGUCACUCAAACAGUAGCGCCCAGGGAAUUGCGGACUUCAAGACAAAGUUUGAAGCCGUUGAACCAGAGCCAGUCUUUGAAGAGACCGUGCAUGGGCCCGAUGCCCUUCCCGCGGACGACGACAUGGUAAGAAAAGUUGAUAGCAUCAACAGUGAUAUCACUGAAGGUAGUGAAGUCCUUUCGAACAAGCCAUAG